AGGUAAAUUAGGGUAUAAAAGGAAUUGUUGGAAAGGAAAUUUUUAUGUUAUUUUUUUUGGCUGUAUGCUAAUCUCCCUAUUCUAGUUUAAAAUUUUUAUUUUGAAAUCUUGUCUAAAAUCGAACGGCGAACCGAGGUAUUCCCAGACUGGACUCACUGCGAGUCUAGGUCACUGAGAGGCUGCUGUAUCUUUGUUUCUCUGAAGCUCAUCGGUCAGCUCAUUAACAUAGAAAGGGUCCCUCAUAUGUAAAAUGGCAUCAAGACCAACUGCAUCUAUCAUAAUUAUUGGAGAUGAAAUUCUGAAAGGUCAGACAAAGGAUACUAAUUCCCACUUUCUUUGUCGAGAACUGUAUAAGUGUGGUGUCAAAGUACCUUGUAUUUCUGUUAUUCCUGAUGAAAUUGAUGUUAUAGCUGAAGAAGUAUUAUUGCAUUCUAAGAAAUAUUCUUUUGUUUUAACAUCUGGGGGUAUUGGGCCCACUCAUGAUGAUGUUACAUACGAGGGUGUAGCUAAAGCAUUCAAAGAAAAACUUGUACUCAAUAAAGAUUUACAAAAAAUACUUAAAAAGCUAUGUCGUAGAAUUGGUUUAGAUAGCAGGGCUGCUUUUAAAAUGUCUCAUGUUCCUGAAUCUUCAGAAAUUCAUCAUACUAGUAAUGAAAUGAACCAAGCUUUUCUACCUAUUGUAUCUGUAAAAAAUGUCUUUAUUUUUCCAGGUAUACCAUCCUAUCUAGAAUAUGCAUUUAUUCAUUUAAAACCAAUAUUUUGUACUACAGCUACUAAUUUCUUUACUCAAAAUUUAUUUGUAACUUUAGAUGAAUUUUCUAUUACUGAUAUCUUAAAUGCUGCUGUUAAGGAAUAUGAGAAUAGAGUUAAGUUUGGAUCAUAUCCAGAAAUUGGCAAUGAAUACUAUCAGGUGAAAUUAACUUUAGAAGCUGAUUCCAAAGAAGCUGUUGCUGAAGCAGAAGCAUUCUUAAGAAGUCAUCUUCCACAUAAUACAGUUGUGGGACAGUAUUCCCCAAAUUCAGAUGAAGCAUUGCAGAAAUUUUUAAAUAUAUGUGAUAAGGAACCUGACAUAGAUUUUAUAAAAGCCAUUGAAGCAAGCAAUGCUGUUCUACAAGAAUGUGUAAAUUUAUAUAAAGUUGAGGGAAUCUGUUUGAGUUUUAAUGGUGGUAAAGAUUGCACUGCACUUUUACAUCUAACACACCUUUUUCUUGCUAAAACAUUUCCUACAAAAUCAGUAAGAUUAAGAGUUCUGUAUGUCCAAAGCAAACAAUCUUUUCCAGAAAUUGAAGAAUUCAUUCAACUUUGUGUCCAAAGGUAUAACUUGGAUUUGCUGACUUAUAAUCAACCAAUUAAAGAAGCUCUUCAUAAACUGCAAAUUGAGCAUCCUUAUAUUAAAGCUGUUCUUAUGGGCUCUCGCCGAACUGAUCCUCAUUGUUCUGAUCUCAAAUCUUUUCACAUGACAGAUGAUGACUGGCCACAGUUCAUGAGAGUUAGCCCCCUUAUCAAUUGGAGUUAUCCGCAGGUGUGGACAUUUUUGCGUUCUUUGGAAGUGCCAUACUGCAGUUUGUAUGAUAGAGGGUAUACAUCUUUGGGUUGCAAACACAAUACCCUUCCUAAUGACAACCUUAUGCAUUCAACAAAAGAUGGUAAAACUUAUUACCUGCCAGCAUAUCUCUUAAAAAAUCCUGAGGAAGAAAGAGAAGGUCGAUCUGGCUGCAGACCAUAAGAAUUUAGUAAUGGCUUUAAAAACUGGAGGAAGUUCAAUCCAUAUCCCUUAAGGAAGUUUGUGAUGCUUGUUGCUUUCUAGCAAAUAUUAUCGAAAAAGUUAUAGAUAAAAAUUCUCUGGCUUUAACAAUUUCAUCAACUGGUCAU